AUGCCACCGGGUCCCCGCCGGGCAGCUGCCCAGGGCAGUUCCACGGGGCUCGGCUUCACCGGGGCGCUCGGCCCCCGCCAUGUGACAGAUGUGGCUGUGGCAACAGCGGGGCUGCCUGUGGCAGGCCUGUCCCUUCUAAGAGCUGUGACGCUGGGAGUUCUUGGUUUUGAUAUUGUUGUCUGGAAACCAAAGAAGAAUGACAACCACCGAGGAUGGGAAGGUGAAUCUAAAUGUUUACUUGAGUCCACACCGCUCUUCGGCGGCAGAGGGGCUGGCGAGAAGCGGCCGAGCUCGUCCAGCGUCUUCGUGGUGCGCAAGGACCAGGACGUGUACGUGCAGACCUUGCGCAAGCUCUUCAACGAGUCGCACGGCAUCUUCAUCGGCCUGCAGAGGAGCGAGGAGGAGCUGACCGGGAAAUCCAGGAAGGCGCAAUUGGUUCAAGUGAGUAAAAACUACCGCUCGGUCAUAAGAGCCUGCAUGGAAGACAUGCACCAGGCGGCUGUUUCCGCUUGGGACCCUGCCCUGCACAACCAGUACAGUACUCAGGUUUCUAUUCUUUCUGCGAUGGAGCUGAUCUGGAACUUGUGUGAGAUUCUGUUUGUUGAAGCAGCUGUAGCUGGUCCCCUCCUGAUUCGCCUACUUGACUGGGUUCGACUUCAUGUCUGUGAUGUGAACAACAUGGUCCGGGAAGUUCUGAGCAGUGAAAAUCCAUCAAAACAUGAGCUCUUUUGGAAUGUGGUGGAUGUCUUUGUGCUGCAAGGCCGAAUGGAUGAAGCGCGGCACUUGCUCUCUAAGGAAGCCAGUGCUAAUCCCGCAUCAACGAACAUGUGCAGAGUCUUGGAUGACUUGAUGAAGAAGAUGCCUGUGCCCAGCCUUGGCAACAUGCAGACACUGACCGAGAUGGAGCUGAAGUGGCAGCACUGGCAUGAAGAAUGUCAGCGAUAUCUACAGGAUGGAACUUUUGCUUCCAAUUCCCACAUGGAAUCCAUCUGCAAGGUCCUGCUGGGCGACGAGAAUGCCAUACUGGAGAAAAAGGAACUCCUGACUACCUGGUACCACUUUCUGGUUACCCGACUGCUCUACUCCCAUCCCACUGUGAAGCCAAUGGAACUGCAUUUCUAUGCACAGUCCAGCAUGGACCUGUUCCUGCGUGGAGAAAGCAGCGCCGAGCCUCUAGACAUCAUUUUAAUGGCAGCCUUUGAAUUUGAGAUACAUCAAGUGAUCAAGGAAUGCAGCAUUGCCCUGAGCAACUGGUGGUUUGUGGCUCAUCUGACUGACCUACUGGAUCACUGUAAACUCCUGCAGUCUCACAAUCUCUAUUUUGGUUCAAAUAUGCGUGAAUUCCUUCUACUGGAAUAUGCCUCAGGACUCUUCUCCCAUCACAGCCUGUGGCAGCUGGGGGUCGAUUACUUUGACCACUGUCCGGAAUUCGGCAGGGUUUAUUUGGAGCUGCACAUCGAGCGGAUACCCCUCAACACGGAACAGAAGGCCCUCAAAGUGCUGAGGAUCUGCGAGCAGAGGCAGAUGCACGAACAGGUUCGGAGCAUCUGUAAAAUCAUGGCCAUGAAAGCGCUGCGGAACAACCGCUUGGGCUCUGCCCUGUCUUGGAGCAUCAGGGCUAAGGAUGCAGCUUUUGCCACACUAAUAUCAGACAGGUGAGUCUGAGUCAAGCU